AUGUCUGCACCAGGCCCUCAGGACUCGCAGCAGCGAGGUUCUUCUCAGUCCCCUCCCCCUAGACCUCCUCGUCCUCAAGGAGAGCAGUCGGGACAGAACGACGACGAGCCCAACACCGACAACAACCCAUUCAACCAGGAUUCCAACAAGCCCACCGGUCAGCCUGAGACCGACAACAAGGCUGAGGAUUCCAAGCCCGAAAACAAGCCAGAGACUCCCAAGACGGAGGACUCUAAGCCCGGAGACUCUAAGCCCGGGGAGUCCAAGCCAGAAGAGUCCAAGCCAGAAGAGUCCAAGCCCGAGGCUUCAACCGAAGAGACAGCAAAGCCACAGACUCCCGAGACUAAGCCCGAGCAGUCACAGCCCGAGCAGUCGAAGCCCGAGGAGCCCAAGGCUGAAGAGGCCAAGGCCAAGGCUGAAGAGACCAAGACUGAGGAGCCCAAGGCCGAAGAGUCCAAGGCUGAAGAGUCCAAGGUCGAGAAGCCCAAGCCAGAGAAGCGCAAGAAGAAGCCAGCACCACCACCCGAGGAAGAGAGCGAGUCCGAAUCCGAAGAAGAGGAAGACGACGACGAAGACUUGUCCUCCGGCGACGAUGAAGAAGAAGAUGAUGAAGAGUCCGAGUCCGAAUCCGAGUCUGAAUCUGAGGAGGAUGAACCAGCUACUCCCCCUCAGCAGCCAGAACCCAAGAGAAGAGGCAACAGAAAGGCCAACGCCAAGAGCGAAGAAGUAAAACGCCGCCGCCCUGCCUGGCUCGACGAAGAAUCCGACUCUGAAGACGAAAAGCAAAUGUCACGAAGCAACCAACGAUCCAUGCAGCAGCGUCAACAGCAACAACAAAUGCAGCAGCAGCAGCAGCAACAGCAACAGCAACAGAUGCAGCAGCAGGAACAAGGAGGUGGCGGCGGCAAGGAUCCUCUCAAGCUUCGUUUGGAUCUUAACCUAGAGAUUGAGAUUGAGCUCAAGGCUCGUAUUCACGGUGACUUGACGCUCGCAUUGCUGGAGGGACUGUAA